AUGAUCACAACUCGGUCUGCUGAGCCAGCACCAGAUUCAUUGGAGCUAUUACAUGGUUAUGGACGGGGGAGAUUUAAUAUAGCUAAUGUCAAAUUUUAUUCCAACAGGAAAUCUUCCCAACAGUUGAAAUCACAUUCUAAGAAACACACAUCACAUGGUGUUAAAUUCUUGCAUUCCAUACCUGCUCUCAAGCUACUGACAAUGAAAGCCAAACUUAGCAAUAAAGAUAUAGCCUAUUUUCAUAGGCUAAAAGCUUUAUGGUAUCCUCAUGAAAAUUUGGUGGCACUUAAAGAACAAGGAAAGCUGCUUACAAAAGGGUCAAUGAAAAUUUUAUUGAAACGCUUGGGAGGGAAAGAGAGCAAGCUUCAUAGGGGUUCAUUUGCAGGGGAUCUUGAGAACCUUCUAGAUGCUGAAGAAUGUGAUGAAGAUGAAGAGGAUAAUAAUAAUUAUGAUUCUAAUAAUUUGGUGGCUCGUGUUAAAGGCCUUAAAAUGAGACGCAUGCCUUCACAAGCUCAAGCUGAUGUGGAAAAUGAAGAUGAAGCUGCUGAGUUAUGCAGAAUGCUCAUGGAUGGUAUCAGCUAA